AUGAAUAGCAAAAAUGCCACUCGAGAAGAGAAAAAAAAGGAGUUAGAAUUGAACGAGGCCAGGAAAGCUGGCAAGGUGGAAGCUUUAAAAGAUGAAGAAGGCAAUGAUAUAAACCCUCAUAUGCCACAAUAUAUUAUUAAGGCGCCAUGGUACUUAAAUCAAACAAAACCGGGACUGAAACAUCAAAGAUAUAAAGGAUCUGAUAAAAUAAAAAUAGAAGAAGAACGGAACAAAAAACUUUUUUUAAAUAAUAACAAGGGUCAAGAAUUUUGUAAGAACUGUGGAAGUGUAGCACACAAAGAAAAAGAUUGUUUAGAAAGAACUAGAAAAAAAAAGGUUAAUUUUAUGAAAUAUGAUAAUGAAGAUUUUAUUUGUGUUACACAAGAUUUAGGAUAUGAUGGAAAUAGAGAUAGAUGGGUUGGUUACAAUGUGAAUAAUUUUGAUUAUAUUUAUAAAGAAUAUGAAAAGAUUGUUGAGGAGAAAAAAAAAAGAAAAGCAGAAGACUUAAAGAAACAAUAUGAGAAAAAAUCAAUAAAGAAAAAAAAAAUUCAUGGCAAUAACAAAAAUGAUGAUAAUAAUGAUAAUGAUGAUAAUAAUGAUGAUAAUGAUGAUGAUAAUAAUGAUGAUGAUGAAAAAUCCAGCAGUGAAAGCGAAAAUUUAGAUGAAUCAUUCAAUGAAGAUAAUAAACUGAAAGCUGAUACUAUGGACACCCAGAACUCUACAAUUAAUACAAUUAAUAAAAAUGAAAAAAAUAGAAACAUAGCUAGAAAUUUAAGAAUAAGAGAAGAUACAGCAAAAUAUUUAUAUAAUCUAAGUUUAAAUUCAGCUUUUUAUGAUCCAAAAAGUAGAAGUAUGAGAGAAGAUCCUUUUGCUAAUAUUAGAAAACAUCUAAAUGAUGAUGAUAAUUAUUAUAAAGGUGAAAAUUAUUAUAAUAAUACAGAUGAUGCAAUCGAAUCAAAAAAAUUAGAAAUUUUUGCAUGGGAAAGUUAUAAAAGAGGAGAAAAUGUACACUUUAAUGCUCAACCAACUCAACUAGAAUUAAUGUAUAAAGAAUAUUUAGAAAAAAAAAAAAAAAUUAUAAAAAAAAAACAAGAAGAUAUUCUUAAAACAUAUAAAUGUCAAAAUUUUCAAGAACAACAAACUAAUCAAGAAGAACUUCUACAAUCAGAAGUAUAUACAGAAUAUAAACCAAUCGAACAAUUAAAUAAUAAAAAUAUGAAAAAAAAUAUUAAAGUACCUAGUAAAUAUGAAGAAGAUAUAUAUUUAUUUGAUCACUCAUCAGUUUUUGGUAGCUAUUAUGAUAAACAUACCAAAAAAUGGGGAUAUAAAUGUUGUUCCUCAACAAAUAAAUAUGAUAAAUGUUUUCAAACAUAA